AUGAGCAGAACCUUCACGUUGGUCUGGGCGUCUCACCUGUCUGGUCAGGACGGAGCUCACCUGCCCGGGGAACACGAGGACCUUCUGCUGCUGACCAACACCAGCGCCAAGGACAAGGGCCGAUACGACUGCGUGUGCACCUGGACUCACCAGCGCCACCUGUACCGCACGGUGGCCUCCACAGUACUGCACAUCGAGGAAAAGAGAUUGUACCAGGACGUCAGGAUCCUCGCUCCCACUGGACCAGUGCAGCUCGCCGACUCAGGAGCCAGUCUGCUGCUCAACUGCACCGUGAUGUGCGGCACCAACGUUCCUCCACAACACUGUGUGGCGCUGUGGAAAGCCGACAAGUCGGACCUCAGAUCAGACGGGUACAACCGGACCAAGCACGUGGACAAAAACCCGUCGAGCAGGACCAUCGUGACCCAGACCCUGAGCAUCGCCCGCGUCUCCGCCCUUCACUUCGGGGAGCGGUACACGUGCUGGGCCAAGGGGGCGCUACGGAGACCCCGCCUCCAUCACCGUCCAGCUCCAGCCCCGACACUCUGGACGCACCAGGUCGUCUCAGUCGAGUCUCAGUCGAGUCUCAGUCGAGUCUCAGUCGAGUCUCAGUCGAGUCUCAGUCGAGUCAGACGGAUCUGGACCAGACCUGGAGAACCGGUGGACGAGUCCGUCUUGUCCCUGGUCGCCGUGGGAACCUGCGUCUUCGUCCUGUUCGUCCUCGGGGCUUUGACGCUCAGAUGUUUCGUGGUGGACCUGGUUCUUCUGUCCAGAAAACUGCUCCCGGCGCGUCUGAAGGACACGGACGGGAAGGUGUUUGACGCGUACGUGUUGUACCAGAUGCCCUCCCAGGACAAGGCCACGGAGGAGCUGGUGGGCGGGUUCGUGUGUCGGGACCUGCCCCGGGUCCUGGAGGACACAUGUGGGUACAGACUCUUCAUCCACGGGAGGGACGACCUGCCCGGAGAAGAUCGUGUGGAGCUGGUGGAGCGGCGCAUGAGGAGGAGCAGGAGACUCGUGGUUGUGCUCAGUCCGGGCGCCGGGUCCGAGGAGACGGAGACGUUCAAACUGCCGCAGGGAUUCGACUGGGAGGUGGGGCUCCAUCAGGCCCUGGUGCUCACAGACAUCAGCGUGAUCCUGAUCCAGGUCGGGGAGCCGGGUCCUGGGGGGUACUCCCACCUGCCCCCCGCCCUCCAGCACCUGACCCGGAGGAGCGCCCCCCUCAGGUGGAGCCCGGGACCCGGCGCCGCCCGCGCUCGCUCCCGCUUCUGGAAGAGAGUCCGCUACCUGAUGCCCGCCACGCCCGUCCCGCCAAACCUCCUGUGCCCCGUGUGAGGGGCGGAGCUUAUCCUACGAGUCAGAGUGUGACGCUAACUGUGAGCACUGCUCUGUCUGGACGAGAAAACCUCCGGCAUCUGAACAAGAUCAGAGACGCUCACGUGUCCAGAACAUCAGAACACGACCGAACCACCACAGAUUCUGCCC